AUGUCUCCGUGGGGCAAAAUGCUUCUAAAUGCACGAAAGCAGCCAGCAUCCUUCAAAAUAUCCAUUCCAGAGCAACAGCUGUCCGAGUUCUACGCACUCUUGAAACUAUCACAUAUCCCGCCUCUGACAUACGAAAGCGCCCAUGAAGAUCAGAAGUUUGGCGUCAAUCAUCGAUGGAUGACAAAUGCGAAAGAACAUUGGCUAAGCAAAUUUGAUUGGCGAGAAUGUGAGAAGCAUAUGAAUAGAUCCUCCCACUUCAAAGUCCCUGUCGAAGACAGGACGUCAAACACUACAUUCGACAUCCACUUCGUAGCGUUGUUCUCCGCAAAUGCGGAUGCGACCCCAAUCCUUCUUCUCCAUGGCUGGCCGGGCAGUUUCCUCGAGUUCCUGCCAAUUAUUUCCUUGGUUAAGUCACACUAUACACCAGAAACACUGCCGUAUCACUUGAUCGUACCCUCUCUGCCUGGGUAUGCGUUCUCGUCUCCCCCUCCAUUGGAUCGUGACUUUCGAGUCGAGGACAUUGCCCGUGUAAUGAAUCAACUGAUGCUAGAUCUCGGGUUUGGAAGUGGCUAUGUUGUUCAAGGAGGAGAUAUCGGUAGCAAAGUCGCACGUGUUAUCGCUGUUGAGCAUGAAGCUUGUAAAGCUGUGCAUCUAAAUUUUGGUAUCAUGCCUGAACCACAGACUGCAGACCCUUCGAAGUACACUGCUCUCGAAAAGACCGGGCUUCAGCGGGGCCGCGAGUUUCACCGCAUAGGUUCAGCUUAUGCUCUUGAGCAUGCAACCUGUCCAUCAACCAUAGCCUUCACUAAAUUUCUUACGUGGUCAGACCCAACUAGCACUUCAUCUCUCGACACAAUCCUGGAAGCGGUGACCCUUUAUUACCUGACCGAUACUUUCCCUAAAGCAAUCUAUCCUUACCGCCAGCUCUUCACACCAGGCAACAUAGGUGCGCAUGAGAAUCCAAUUUGGAGGAUCAAUAAGCCGUUUGGAUUUAGUUGGUUCCCGAACGAGAUUGCACCUGUCCCAAGAAACUGGGUCGAGAGUACAACAGAUGAGAAGUUGAUAUAUUGGCGAGAACAUGAGAAAGGUGGACAUUUCGCGGCAUUGGAGAGGCCGGAGACGUUGUGGGGUGACUUGAAGGAGUUCGUUGACCAGGUGUUUGCAUAACAGGGAGGCGCUGGCAACAUAUCGAUAUUCUUUUUGACAUG